GUACAUACAUAUCGCAUCGCACGUACGUGUAUAUACAGCGUUGCAAUCAGGUUGCAACUAACUAUAUUUGAAUAAUAUUGGUUUUUCUCCACAAUACGGAGAUCUGCACAUCCUAUUGAACUUUAUUUUACAAGAUGGAUAGGACAACGCCAAGAGAUGGGCGCUUGGACGUGCUUCAGAGAGUCCGAAAAAUGGUUGAUGAGCUGGAGGAACCGCUUCAACCGCAGAAGCCAUUUUCAUCAAGAGAAGAAGAAGAGGAGAAUACAAGAUUUACAAGCAACCAGACAGAUGUUUAUGAUGAUGGGACCAACACGUUCUUCUGGCGAGCCCACUCAAUCACAGUAUUGGUUGGAAUGUUAGCAGCUCUGCUUUACGUUGCUGUGUUGGAAGAUGUCAAGCUUGACACGGCCUUUAAUACGAAGAGAGGCAUGUUUGCGUGUGUGAUAGCAUUCUGUUUAUUUGGAAUGACUCAGGCCAAGGACGGACCUUUCAAACGACCUCAUCCUGCAAUCUGGCGAUUCUUUCUGUGCCUUAGCGUCAUCUACGAGCUCUUUCUUGUCUUUAUAUUAUUCCAGUCUGUAGAUGAUGCAAGACAGCUGAUUAGUUACAUUGAUUCAGACCUCGGAAAAGAACUUCCAGAGAAGACUUACGCUGAGGAUUGCAGCUUUUACACACCAGGACACCCAGAGGGCGCUUUCCAUAAUUUCUGGGAAAAAUGGGACAUAUUUGUUUUGGCUCAUGUGCUUGGAUGGUACAUAAAGAUGCUUAUGAUAAGAGAUUACUGGCUAUGUACCAUAUUGAGUAUAUCGUUUGAGGUCAUGGAAUACAGCUUCGAACAUCAACUCAAUAACUUUGGGGAAUGCUGGUGGGAUCAUUGGAUCAUGGAUUUCCUUGUCUGCAAUGGGCUUGGAAUCUGGCUCGGUAUGGUGACUCUCAACUAUCUCAACAUCAAGACUUACAGCUGGAGAGGCCUUUAUCACAUUCCAACAUACGGGGGAAAGUUAAAACGGAUGAUCCUUCAGUUUACACCGUACAGCUGGACAAGAUUUGAAUGGAGACCAACGGAGAAUCUCAACAGAUGGCUAGCAGUAUUAGCCAUCUGUACUCUGUGGACACUGUCGGAGUUGAACACAUUUUACCUAAAGACCGUUCUAUGGAUACCACCACCCCACUUCAUUAACUGGUCUCGUUUAUUCAUCCUCUGUCCUGUCGGCUGUGUGGCGUUGAGGGAGACAUAUCAGUACAUCGAAGAUCCGAACUGCAAGAAGUUUGGCCAGCAGUCCUGGGUACUAGUUGCUAUCAUCUUCAGCGAGACGCUCAUCUCGGUCAAGUUCCAGUUUGACGUCAUCACCAAGCCCUUCCCCCGUCCCGUUGCCAUCGCCUGGUUAGUCUUCUUCCUAGCUCUGGUCCUCUGGACAGUCUGGCGAUUCUGUAUCUGGUCCCCAAGCCGAUGGCGCAGCACCAGCAACCCCACGGACCCCAAGGACACCGCCGAAGACAGCGGCCGAGCGGACGGACAAGAGAAGGCGGUCACUCGGACGGUCAAGACCACCAAGCUGGUCAGCUCGGUCACCAAAAGCAGCUCGGCUUCCUCCCGGACUGUCGGACCGGACGGGGACGGCGUCGACAACGGUGUGGAGAAUCGAGGUAGCCCCUAUGCAACCAGGUCGAAGAAACGGGUCAUAAACGGGAAGUCAUGAAUAGCCAUCUCUAUCUGUACUACAUGCACAUGCAAUUUUACUGUGUUGAUAUGAAAUAUGUUUUAUAACGUUUUUUAUACAUCUUUAUGUCCACCUGAAAUCUUUCCAUCGUUCUGCAAUCGAUUUGGUGUUAUAUAUUGUGAUUUUUUUCUCCUUGUCAAGGAGCUAUGCCAUUACAAUUUGAUAUUGAUAUGUCUGUACUCGUGGUGACUCUACACAAUUAAUCGUAUGAAUCGUGGGGGAAAAGAAAGCAUCUAACAUUACUUUGAGACUGAGCAGAAUAUAAUAUUAUUUUUAUGGGCUUUAAUUAUUUUCACAUUUAGGGGAUUGCGGAAGAUUGUGGGCUAUUUCUUUCAUUUUAAGGGCUACUUUUAGCAGCAAAUAUCAUUAUUCUGCCAUAGUUAGAAUGAUGAUUUUGAAUGAUCUUGGAAUAUUUUUUGUGACGGAUCUUGGGGUGACUCUAGAAAGAAUGGUCACCCCAAAGCAUGCAUUUUGGGGGAAUUUUAGGGGCUAUUUGGGUUGACAUGAGGGCAAAUCGCCCGUCACACUCAUGUAUUUCCUACUCUGCAUUGUGACUAUCUUUUCCAGGAUCCUGUUUCACAAAGAAUAUAACUUAUAAUAACAAAUAUAAAAUAUCUAUAACAAGUUUACCAUCAGCCAGUCAGAUUGAUGGGUUUCAGUAGCUUUAAACUAUUAUUGCAAAUUUUUUAUAAAAUUUUUUUUCUGAAAAUGGGCCCCUCUUGCUUAAUACUGGAAUCAACUAUUCCCUGUGUAAAAACCUAUGGGAAUUGCAUGAUUCAGUAGCCAAUAGGUUGAUGUAGAUUUGGAGGACCUAAUGCGAUGAUGAUUUUAAAUAUUUUGGGACUUUUUAUAUCAACCAUAAUCUCAAUUUUGCCUUUUUGCUACCAGUCAGAGCCACCUUUUGAGACACAAUCAUAUGAGUUAUGUUUAGAUAAAAUUCACAGCAGCUUAUGUCUUACUCGUAUUUCAGUAUCCUAAACCAAAGAAAAUAUAAGGAUUUUGUGAUGACUUGCCAAUUAUACCAAAAGUUAUAAAAAAAGGUACAUGUAUUCUUAGUUAAGACGAAACAAAUGAUAACAGUAACAGUCUGUUUUAACCCAGGGUAGCCGUAAGCUGUAAGCUAAAUUGGGCAGGAUCUGCUUAAAGAGAAAUGCCAGUAGUUGCAGUAAACACUGCAUUCAUUAGAAAGUCUGUAAAACCAGGCUUAAUUGUCAG